GCAUUGUCCAAUUCACACAGCUGGUCCGUGACAUGGAGAGUCAGGACAAUGAAGUAGCUCGUCUGCACAACCAGAUCCGCAGUCACUAUCUGCCUCCCGUGUCCAUCAGUUCCACUGUGGACACUUCUCUGUAAGCUGCAGACAGCAGUUACCCCAGUGAUAUAAGAAUCUCAAGUGAAAUAGACAAUUUAAAACAAUGAGGAAAAGAAGAGUCUACUUGUACUGUGUGUGUGCGUGUGUCCUUGUGUAUAUGUACAACUUCUUAGGUGUGAGUGACUACGUCUUCUCCAAGAGUUACGACGAUAAUUUCGACUACCCGCUUAAUAUUGACGUAAGGCCUUUGGUUAAUGAAAUCCUUAAUGGGAAAAAGCCGAGCGUUGCACCGAUAAAUGUGUAUCCGUACAGGUUUUUGACUAAUUCCGGAAAAUGUUCAACAUUGGAUAGGUUAGAUCUAUUCAUAGUCGUAAAAUCUGCUAUGGACAACUUUGGGAAACGGAACGCUGUACGACAAACGUACGGACAAGAGAACCACAUACCGGGGAGAAUUGUUAGGGUUCUAUUCUUUUUGGGCAUUGAAGAUCCUAAGUCGAUCACCCAAGUGAGGGUAGAACGGGAAAUGGCUGACCAUAAGGACAUUAUACAAGUUGAUUUUCAAGAUAGCUACUACAACAAUACAAUAAAGACAAUGAUGGCGUUCCGUUGGCUGUACGAACACUGUUCCACUGCUGACUUCUACUUGUUCUCCGAUGAUGACAUGUAUGUGUCUGUCAACAAUUUGUUAGACUAUGUCCACGAUAAUCCCACUUCUGAAACUACGAAUGAGAUAGAUAAAAGCAAAAAUAAAGGGAAUGGGAGAGAUAGCAUCCUGUUUGCCGGCUACGUGUUCAAUUCAGCACCUCAGCGUUUUAGUUGGAGCAAAUGGAGGGUCUCCUUGCAAGAGUAUCCUUGGAACAAGUGGCCACCGUACGUCACUGCAGGUGCUUUUGUCCUUUCAAACCGUUGUAUGAAGAUGUUUUACGUGGGUAGUUUGUUUGUGAAAAGUUUUAGAUUCGACGACAUCUAUUUGGGUAUAGUCGCCAAAAAGUUGGGGGUUACCCCUACACACUGUCCGAAGUUCCAUUUCUAUAAGAAACACUAUAGUCUGAGUGGGUACAAAGAUGUGAUAGCGUCCCAUGGAUUUGGUGAUCCGGAGGAGUUGUAUAGAGUUUGGAAUGAACUGAAUCCUUAUUAGAAAGUAAAUUGUCUUUAUCUUUAUUGAUUACCCUGUUGACAGGAUUUAGAUUUCAAAUUAGGCAGCUAUUAUAAAAAAUCAGCUCUGUGUAUAUUGUUCAAUUAGUCAAAUACAAAAUCCUUUAUUACAAGUAGACAUAAAUGCCAAUUUGAAUCUGCUUUAGCAUUGUAAAUAUUGUUGUGCUCAUAUAAAAGCUCAUUAAAUUACUUAAUUACUAUAGCUUUAUUUAUGAUUUUUAUCCUUAGAUUAAAUUAAAAUCAUAAUGAUUCUUGAAAACCUGGUCAAGUCGGAAACUGAAAACUAAUAAUACCAUUAUUAAUAGUGAAUUUGUGAAAAGUCUAUCGAAAGAAUUUUGCACUAGUGUCCCUAAAUUUACACCAUGACAUGACCUCGCUGGAAAAAAGUGACAGUAAUGAUGACAGAGUGAAAAAACAUAACCCUUCUUGCUGUCAGGUAAUAAAAGGACCUUUCAAUUAAUGAAUAAAGGGACAAAACUCAUCGCCUCGGACACAAACCGACUCCGUAUCGCCUCGCCGUCCCGCUGCGCUUGCAACUUGACGUUUACUUUACUUAUGAUAUUUCUUGGGGUCCGAGAGAGAGCUGAUAAACAUUUUUGGAUAGGUAUUUGAGUCAAAUUGAAAACUUGUCGUGUAACGUUCCUGUGCUAACCUAACACAAAAUUGGACUCCUAACUGGAGCAGUAGCAAGAAUUAUUAUUUUUGCCUAAUGAAAAUUUAUCCUUGGAUAUGAAAUUUUAUACGAAAAACACUGAACGGCUCGAGACUAUUCCUAUAUUGGAGCCGGUCCGUGUCUGUGGUGUUAUAUUGAGUUUUGAGCUUAAAACAUUUAAUUUAAUCUUCCUCUGUCAUAUCCCCAUGUACCGAACAGACUCAGUUGCCCGACUUCAUCUCACUCGCAAUCGAUAUACCUAAUUAAAAAUAAUUUAUAAGUAGUUGUUAAGGUGUAACCCGUUAUUUUCUUCACUAUUUUAAUUUUUCAACAAUAGUAAUAUUAUAUUGUAUGUAACUACCUACUUAUAUUCAAAGGCAAAGUUGUAUUAAAUAUUUUUAAACAUUCAUAGAGUUUCUUGAAAUAUGGAAGGCCUAAAAUACAUAUUACCUACAUAAUACUGAUUAUUAUAACUACUUUAGAAUUUAGACAUUUUCAUAAUUACAAUUUUGUGAUUUAUGCAGUGAUCUUAUUAGUAAGAAUAAAACAAAAUGAUAAAA